CGACGUGGUAUGCAUCAUGGACAAGAUGACCCUCUCCAGCCCAGCCGACGCCCAGGAUGUGGCCGUCGCAUCGUCAACCUGCAUCCGGCCGCAGCAUCGCCAGGCGUACGACCACACGAUCUCCUUCGAAGAGUACUAUUACUACGCGCAGAAGACGCGCGAGGAGGAGCAGCACCUCGAGGCGCCCAAGACCGACUGGGCCGAGCUGCUGUUCAUGAAAAAGAAAGACAACAAGCAGCCCGACGCGGCUGCGGUUGCUCCGUCCACCGUCGACGACGCCGGUCGUCUGCAGAUCACCGACGAGGAGUGGACGAAUGCCAGCCGCAUGAUGCGCACUGCAUCGUGGGGCGCGUGUUUCUAUCUGAUCACCACUGAUAUCCUGGGGCCGUACGGUGUUGGGUUCGCCCUGGGGACCCUGGGCUGGGGUCCUGGAGUCGCCUUCUACACCAUCUUCGGCUUCUUUGCAGGCUACUCCGGCUAUCUCAUCUGGCGCGUGUACCUGGGCGUCGACAGCUACGAAUACCCUGCGCGCAACUACGGCGAUCUGGGCUUCCGAACCUGGGGGAGAGCAGCGCGGCACGUCACCAACAUCCUGCAGGGGCUUGCUCUGAUCCUGCUGACGGGCCAGGUCACCCUGCAGUAUGGCGAGAACAUCUCGCAGACCUCGCGCUUCCGCCUCUGCUACGUCGUCUGCCCCGUGCUGUUCAUCUGCGCCGGCUUCUUCCUCACGCAGAUCCGCACGCUGCGGAACUACGGCUGGGUGGCCACGUUCGCCGUCUUCAUCAACCUGCUCACCAUCUGGAUGAACAUGGGCGUCAUGGCGCACUCCCCUCCCAACUUCGCCAUCGCGACGCUGGGCUCUGCCGGCAGCUCCGUCGACCGCAGCAGCAUCACCCCGGACAAGAACGGCAACUAUCCCCCCAUCCGCCACUACGGCAACCUGCCGCCCAACGGCCUCGUCGGCUCCAUCAACGGCCUGAUGUCCGGGGUGCUCGCCUACGCCGGCGCGCAGCUGUUCGUCGAGUUCCUGGCCGAGAUGCGGCGCCCGCGCGAUUUCAUCAAGGCCAUGUGGGGCGCCCAGUUCUUCAUCUACACCGUUUAUCUUGUGUACGGUUGCUAUGUCUACCACUUCCAGGGCCAGUACAGCUUCAACCCGGCCUACAUGGGCGUCAGCCCGUACGGGUGGCAGGUCGUCGGCAACAUGCUCACGCUGGUCGGCGCGCUCAUCUCCGCCGGCCUGUACAGCAACAUCGGCAUCAAGGUCGUCUACAACAAUAUCUUCCUCGACAUCCUCGGUUUCCCGACCCUCUCGACCCGCACGGGAAAGAUCAUCUACGCCUGCAUCGUGCCCGUCUGGUGGGCCAUCGCUUUCAUCAUCGCCGCUGCCAUCCCGGAUUUCUUCGGUCUGGUCAGCGUCGUUUCGGCGUCCACGCUCCUCCCCAUGACCUACGUCAUGCCCGGUUUCUUUGCUCUAGGCUUUGAUGUCCAGAAGAAUGCCAUCCGUCCGGAACGGGGUGAGGGGUUUGACCCCACCACGGGAAGGGUGGUACGAUACGACGGCACCGUGAGGCGGCUGGUACGCGGUUUCUUCAGCGGUGGAAUCCUGCAGGUCUGCACCAACAUCUGGCAUGUCCUUUACUUCUUGGCUUCUCUGGCUACGUUGGGCUUGGGGUUGUAUGCUGCUAUUAUCGCAAUGAAGGAUGCAUUCGAGGAUCAACAGUUGACCUCGUUCACCUGCGUGUCACCGCUGAAUUUGAAUCCCUAGUGGCAUUGCAUUGUUGAUAGUAUCGGUAGAGAGAAUACUUCUGUUAUGUGUAAUUUCCAUUUCCAUUGGUUCCAUGAAAACUUCAAUGUAACAAACGUACCAUCUCGGAUCUUCCAAUGGAUAGAUCGGGGUGUUAUUAUUCUUCCUGAUGAACCAUUCACCGUUCUCGCUUUGACCGAGUAGCUCCUCUGCAGGAUAAACGCUGUAUGCAGGGCUUCAACGCACUAACAUCGGAGACAUCAUCCCGAGUACGCUUACACCUGCUAAUCCUCUUCGAUAAAUCCGAUUGACCGGUUAGGUAGUUAUUAUGUUUGCUUGUGACAAAAUAGAAUUGCUGAUCUUAGAAGUUUCUGUGGUUAGGGCUAGCUGCUUGAUAUAUUGCGUAGUACGGAGUGCUAGGGUCUGACCUCAGGUUGAAUGCUCACCCACAUCAUCAUAUCAUAGACUGUCAUCGAAACAAAACGAAACGAAAAGAAAAGAAAAGAAAUCCAUACGACCAACUGGGUAUAAACAAAGCACAUCAGCAGAGCAAACAGGAAAUCAAAAAAUCAACCAACAGCAAUCCGAAACCUCAACAAGUCCUUCGACAAAAUCUCCCCAAACUUCCCCUCCAACUCCUUCACAUCCCAUUUACACGAGAGAAAGCGCCCAUUAAGCACUUCUCGCCGUCUACCAGAGUCGGGACGGGUUAGCCAGACGCAAAACGCACCGACCAGGUCGGGGCUAUCUGUCAGCACUGCAUCCAUCAUAUCAGCAAGGUUUGAGCAUGGCUGUAAUCUGCAAUGGGGGGGAAGGGCAUACAGCUGAAAACCUCACUAGAAGAAUACAUCAUAGCCAUCUCACCCACCAACCCCCCCGGAUGCACAGAGACACAAAAAAUCCCAUAAGCCCCAUACUGCUCCCGUAUCACCUCCAUCAGCCGCAUCUGCGCCGCCUUACUAACGCAGUAAUGCGCAUGCGAAACUAUCCCAGUAACAGUUGGCGCGCCCAUGGAGCUAAUGGAAAUAAAACUCGCGAAUAAUGACCGUGUCGAUAAGAGCAACGGGAGGAAGUAAUGCGCUGCGUGGAACGUCCCCAAAACAUGUACGUCAAAGGCGCUUUUGAAAUCAAUCGGUGACUCCUGCACGACGUCUCUUAUCAUCGGUUCUGAGUAGCCUGCGUUCACGAUGAGAACAUCCAAACGCCCGAAUUCGGACAUGGUUGUGUGCACGAGGGCUUGUACGCUCGCUGCGGAAGUAAUGUCGCAUGUUGCCGUUACGACCUUGGGAGGGGGUAAGCUGAUAUUGCGGGCCUGGUGGGCUGUUGCUUCGAGCUUCGUGCGGUUGCGCGAGGCGAGGAGGAUUCCUGAUGCGCCUGCUUUGGCGUAGGCGCGCGCGAGUCCGUCUCCUGCUGCGCCGUGGCCGCCGAUUAUGCAGACAACGAAGGGGGUGGGGAGUUUGGUUAGGCUGGGGUCGAUGGAGGCGUAGGGGGUUGUGUGGAGGGUUUUGACGAAUUCCUCGCAGUGUUUGGGGUUGAGUUGGCUUGGGGUUGGCAUCUUGUCCUUCGCUGCACCGAGUACAGUGCUUUAUAUGUGAGGAAGACUUGCUGUGCAGUAACAUUGUCCAUUAUAAGAUAGUCAGUUAUAUGUCGG